GUGGCGUCCCAAUCUAGCAAAGCAAGUAGUGUCAACGCAAAACACAAAGAGAAAGAAAGAAGCAAGAAGCAAUCAGCAAUGGUGUUCGCAAAGGAAGGCGAAGCAGGGUGUUCAUCCUACUCACUCACAGCGUACCCAAGAGAGGACACUCCUUUCCUGGGCAAGUCCCCGCCUCUCUCUUCGAACCUAAAGACCUUCGCCAACAUCUUCAUCUCCAUCGUCGGGGCCGGCGUCUUGGGCCUUCCCUACAGCUUCAAGCGAACGGGCUGGCUCAUGGGCCUCCUCAUGCUCUUCGCCGUCGCCUUCCUCACCUACCACUGCAUGAUGCUCCUCGUCCUCACCCGCCGCAAGCUCGAUUCCCUUUCCCCCUUCUCCAAAAUCUCCUCCUUCGGCGACCUCGGCUUCUCCAUCUGCGGCCCUUCUGGCCGCUUCGCCGUCGACUCCAUGAUCGUCCUCUCCCAGUCCGGCUUCUGCGUCAGCUACCUCAUCUUCAUUUCCACCACCCUCGCUUUCCUCACCAACAACGAUACCACUCCGCUUUUUCUAGGCUUCACUCCCAAGGUUCUCUUUCUCUGGGCUUGCUUCCCUUUUCAAUUAGGGUUAAUUUCCGUUCGCACCUUGACUCAUUUGGCUCCCUUGAGUAUCUUCGCUGACGUCGUCGAUCUCGCCGCCAAGAGUAUCGUGAUGGUCGAGGAUGUUUUUGUUUUUGUUAAGAACAAGCCCGAUUUGAAAGUAUUCGGGGGUUUGUCGGUGUUUUUCUACGGCAUAGGUGUGGCGGUGUAUGCUUUCGAAGGAAUUGGAAUGGUUUUGCCUUUGGAAACUGAGGCGAAGGAUAAGCAGAGGUUCGGUAGGGUUUUGGCUUUGGGGAUGGGUUCGAUUUCGGUGUUGUUUGGUUUAUUUGGGGGUUUAGGGUACUUGGCUUUUGGGGAAGAAACUAAGGAUAUUAUUACCACUAAUUUGGGGCCUGGGGUGAUUAGUGUGUUGGUUCAGUUGGGGCUUUGUGUUAAUCUGUUUUUCACUUUUCCGAUUAUGAUGAACCCGGUGAAUGAGGUGAUGGAGAGACGGUUCUUCGGGUCCAGGUACUGCUUGUGGCUGAGGUGGAUGAUGGUCUUGAUCAUAAGCUUGGUGGCGCUUUUGGUUCCCAAUUUUGCGGAUUUUCUGUCCCUUGUGGGAAGCAGUGUUUGUGUUGUUCUGAGUUUUGUGCUGCCUGCGAUGUUUCAUUGUUUGGUUUUUAAGGAGGAGUUGGGGUGGAGGUGUGUUCUCUGGGAUGGGGCUAUUGUGGUUUUUGGGUUUGUUAUUGCUGUUACUGGGACCUUCACUUCUGUGAUGGAGAUUCUUUGGCCUACCCCUACAGCAUGAUUCAGCACAAAAAAAAAAAAAAAAAAACCUUGUUAAUACAUGUUUGGAUAACCAUUUUGGAUGCUGAAUGUACUUUUGGAGAAAGAUACUCUUUUGUGUGUGUUUGUUUUUCGGUUCAACACCCCCCUCAAACGGACCUUCAAGGAGAAGUAGUAACAAUUUGUUGCUUCUCACAAAAUGGUGCUUGGAAACGUGUGUCCACGGAAUGAAACGGUAAAACAAACAUAACCUUUGUAUCUGUUAUUCUGUAGGUACUUUGGAAUAGAGUGUAAUGGUAAUCCAAACAUGUUACAAUUGGAGAAACUCUGGUUUAUUGAUGCAGCAACCAUGCUUUACAUGUUUUUGGUGUAAGCUUGGUUUGUCCUUGAUGGAGAUUCUUGCUUCCAGAUGCUGAUUGAGCUGGGAGGAAUUCUUUUUGUUGGAUUUGAUGCUUACCUGAAUCAAGUGUUCAGUUUGCUGAAUUCGUCUAGAAUAAAGCUCUGCCUAUUAUUCUUUUUUGCUGUUGUAUGCUGUUCUUUCUUUUUUGUCAAAAAAUGUAACAUAUGGACCUAUUAUGAUAAAGUUUGAGAAUUAUUCCAUUGGUUAGCUGUUUGAAA